AUGGCUCAAGUAAAUAUUGAAAUUCUAUUUGGAAAGCUUAAAAGCAGAUUAAGCAACAAGAUGUCUGAAGUGAUGACUAUAAUAAAGCCAGAAAACACAACCGAGGAAAUGUUUUCCUAUUUGUGGAGCCUGGAUGAAGCCCAUGCAACUCUAACGCCAGUUCUGCACCCAUCAAGCAAGUCAAAAGAUGAGUCUUAUGUGCACUGUAGACAGGGAGACAUAGCCUACCGCCUUCAUAAUCUAGUUCAGGCAUUAAGCUCUUAUAAUUUGGCCAUAUUAUCUGCGCCACAUCCAGACACAAUCACAGAUAGUCCUAAGAACCCUGGCAAAGACAAGUAUGAAGAAUUGGCCCAAGCUUAUGAGUCACGAUCUGUUGUGCUUUAUGACCUGAAGCAGUAUACAAAAUGUUCAGAUGACAUUGACCGAGCUCUGGAACUUGGCUGUGUACAGUCACGUACAAAAUUAUUAGACAGGAAACGUAUUUGUCUGAAAUUAAUAUCAGAGGGUAAAGACAAGGCAUUUGAUGCUUCAGCUGAAGCUUUAAACACCUUUGAACCAUGUUUUGCAUAUAUAAACCCUGAGCCCCCUAAGUUAGCUGACUAUAACCCAGCCAUACCGUCACUCAGCAGUGCAGUCAAGCUUGCCUACACUCACUCCCAAGGGCGCCACCUGAUUGCUGAUAGAGACAUCAACCCAGGUGAGAUUGUGAGUGUUGAAGAAGGGUACUGCAGUGCACUUUAUACUGAAAAGUUACAAAUGUACUGUACUGUGUGUAUGAGACGAUGCAAUGCACCUUUACCUUGCCCCAACUGCAAAGUGGUAAGAAUUAAGAUAUUAAUAAUAAUAAUAAUUAAUUUAUGCAAGUGUACAUUUAUUUAUGCAAGUGAUACAUGAACAGUGGAAAAACAUAGGUAUGAAAAGUACAAUAUUAUAUAAAACCACUAUUAAUACAGAGCAUUUUGGACAUUAUGUGAAAAUAAUUAGGAGAAUAAUAUACAAGGUUAAUGGGGUUAUUAUCAAUACUAGAUAAAAUAACUUUUUUAAUUAAUUGUUAAAUAUUAAAAAUUAACCAAAAUAUUUUUAUGAUAACUGGAAAUUAUAAUUAAUUUUAUAAUUGCAGAGCAGAUUAAAGAGAUGAUAUAGAAUUUCUAAUUAUAUAUAAAAAUGGCAGUUUAGUAAUUGUGCAAAUUUAGUAAAUAGUGUUUAAAAUAACAGCAAAACACAGAUGGAAUUGUAGGAUGAGAGGAGGUGAGUAAAGUUUGUUGCAUAAAAUUAAUUAGGUAGUUCUUAGUUUCUCUUUUUAAACUGGUUGAGAGAUGUAGAGUUUUAUUAUUAUUAGAGAGGACAUUCCACAGUUUCGGCAUCUUAAUUUUCAAAGCAUUUCUACUUUGGUUAAGUAACACUCUUUGAAUAUUACAAAUAUAUUUGUUUCUAGUGUGGUGCCCUGGGCAUUAUCAAGUCGUUUGGUCCUCAUGACAAUAGUUUGGUCCUAGACAAUAGUCUAGGAGGGACUAAAACAUACUCGUUUCUUCCUUUUCUGAUGUGUGGUUUAGUUAUGAAGACCCUUUACAUCCUAAGGAACCUUAUUUUUAAUUACUGACAUCUGAUUCCAUAUAAUUAGAUUCCUCUAUAUAGUUGUUAUCCUCCUACCUAUUGGAUCUUUGUUGAACCUUGGAUCUUCAAAAUUCCCAGUAAACCUCUGCAUAAGAUGGUUUGCAUGUCUUUUCCAAAUAACAUUACCAAAACUUUGAACUUGCCCUUAGAUAUUCCUAUGGCCCAAGACUUCAACAAAUUUCCCUUCCACCUAAAUCAUACCAGUUCCUCUAUGUCUUGCUUCACUUCAUAUGACUCUCUAAAUAUAACUUUAUUUUCCUGACUAAAGUGAUUGACAAGGUUAGUUACAGAUUUUUCUUUGCCCGAAUCUAUUUUUGCUGCUUCGUUAUCCUUUUUGAAAUGCCUUUUAAUCAGUAAUUCAGAAGUUAAUUUACCAGUGGUAGCAUGAAUAGUUUUUCUUUAAUAAUAAAAAAUGUACAAAUCCUUUUGUUAAUAAUAUAACUUUUCAUAAACUUCAGUGACCCUUCCUUAAGGAUCUCACUGGUCUAUCAGCCGGACCCUUUGAAGAAGGAUUAUAUAGGGCUGGUUUUACCAUUCUUCCUGCAAAUUCCUCUUAAUUCCCAAGACACAAAAUAAGAAGCAUUAUCGGUCACCACCACCAUGUCUGGGAAUCCAAAAUUACAAAAUGUUUUGCUGGGCAUUUGCUUUCGUGGGAGCACUUGUUACAGAUGAUGUCGUGGAAUUACACACAUGAAAAUGAAUAAUUUUUGUGUAUGAAUCUACAAUUACAAGCUAAUAUUUAUUACCCAUAGGUCCACAUAAUCUAUAUGAAGUCUAGACCAGGGUUUCUCAGUGAAUGACCAGGACAGUACAGGAACUUGGGGUUUCUGGAAAUUCUUAAAAACAAAUAUAGUAUAUAAAUUCUUAGUUACUUCAACAACAAUUCUGAUCCAAUUUUGGCCACCAAACUCACCUUCUAGCUUCUGCUUUCAUAGCAUUUAUGCCAUUACGGCCUACAUGCAGCUGUUCCAAAAUCUUACAUUUUAGUUCAACAGGAUCCACCACUCUAUCCCUAUUCUUAUAAGUUUACAGCCAGGUAAAUAAUCAAGUCGGCCUUUACUGCAGCAUAAUCAGAUAAUAGUAAAUUGUCAUUCCAACCAUAUUUGAUGUAAUUCAUUAACUUAGUUAACGUGGCAUCUUUACUGGUUGCCUUCCUAAUUGUCUGAAAUUAAUUAUCCUCUUCUUCAGCUCUUCUUCUUCCUCUUCUUCAGCCCAAUUCAGCUCUUCUGUAACAGGCAAUCUACUUAAUGCAUGUGCCACUAAAAUAUCCUUUCCGGGUUAAAAACCCAAAUCAUACUCAAACAGUGACAGUAGCAAUGCCCAACGUUGAAUUCUAGCACUGAUUUUAACUGGAAUUUGUUUGCCUCUACUAAACAAUGCUAUCAGGGAUUCAUUUUUCCGUUCUAGCAAGAAAUUUCCUACCUAUCAAAAAAUACCUUAGCCUUUUCACAACAUAUAACAGGGCUAAAAUGUUUUGUCUAAUUGGGAAUAAUUCUGCUCUGCAGAAGAUAAUUUCUUGCUAGCAAAAAGGCUGUUUUUUGCAUAGCAUCUAUUUCUUGUAAAAAAAAAAAUCCCAACCACACUAGAGAAGCAUAUACUUCUAGUCUUAAAGGGGCGUUGCCAGUAAAAUUAGUAAGCAGAGGCUCUCAUAAUAAUCCUAAAUGCACGAUCCUCUCUUGAUGACUACCUAAAUCAAUAAUAAUAAUAAUAAUAAUAAGAAUAAGAAUAAUAAGAA